AUGGCUGUUAUACCUCCAAGAUCUCAGAAUUUUAUUGAUUAUAUUUAUAUUGAUGAUCAUGAUGGAAGUUACUCAAGAUUAAUUAAGCGCCCUAAUCAAUUAAGCUUUAAUUCUAGUUAAAAAGAGUUCAUUUCUCAUGAUAUGCAACCUUUCGACUUUGCUAAACAGUAUAAUAAAAUUGUUGAUAAUUGCAGUACAACCAAAGAACCAAAUAUCAACAACGAAAUAUACAAAUUUUAGCCAAGGACUAUUCAUCCAGAUAAACUAAAGAUUCCUAAAUAUUUUUUGACUAUGAAAAGCAGAUCAAAUGGUAGAGCCUAAAGACUGUAUAGCACUCCUUUUGAUGUUAAAGGAGGUGAAUAAAAAGAGUAAAAUUAUAUGGUAGAAAAUAAGAUAUUGGAAUAAAAUAAAGAUGUUAAUCAGAAAUAAUUAUCAAAGUAAAUGUAAAUUAAAUAAAGAUAGUCAAUUUAAGAAGAUGAAUUUGUAGUUAACUAUACAAAAUUAUUUAUCAACACACAAAAUAAGCUUCUGUUUGAUAAAUAAAAUUAAAUUAGAUUUAGCAGUCUUGGGAAGCAGAGGCAAGAUUGUAUGAAAAUUUAUGAUGAAUUAAAAAGAGAACAGUAAUAAAUUUGGGUUGAUAAAAUAGAACGCAAAGCUGCAAAUAAAUAAUCUGGGUAAAAUAAAAAAGGAAUUGGAUAAUAUUUUUCUGGGAGCAGUACUGAAAAUUUAGCUAAUCUUGAAAACAGUUUAAACACUCCAUCUCCAACUUAAAAUAAAACUAAUUACCAAACAUUUAUCAACAAUAAGACUUAAUCUAAUUCUAUGAGCAAUAUACCAAACACAAAUAGUUCUAAGAGCAUGACUAAUCUUCAAAAAAUUAUGGCUCAAUUGACUACUCCAAAAAGAGAUUUCUUUUUUACAAGCAAUAUCAACUUUUCAUAGAAAAAAGAUAAAUUUGUAAAUAAGAUUUUGCAUAAUGUGUCUUCACUUAAAUCUUUAGACGAAGAUUCAAUCAUCAAAAGUGCUUCGAAAUAAAUACAAAGCAACCUAAAAUAAAAGAAAAUUAACUUCGCCCAUCAUAGAAGCAAAUCAGUAAUUGUUGACAGGCAUAGCAGGCAAUAAAGUAUAAGUUAGAAUUAUUACACUCCUCUUUAUUAAAGAAAAGAGUUCGAAACAUUUUCUUAAUCUCUUGGUAAUUAUUCGAAUAAUGAGCUUAUUUUUUAGUCUCCUCCAAACUUUUCAAGCUUAAAAAGCACCAAAAUCCCUAAACUUAAAACUAAUAGCAGUUCUGAAGCCUUAAACAGUAAUUAUACAAAGUAGUAUGGUAAAAUAAAUAAUUUAAACUACUCUCAAGAUGAAGAUGAAUUUUCUUAUAGCUAUGCAAAUAAUAAGAAUCAAUUUUAAAGCAUUUAAUAUUCAACGCCAUCUUUGCUUGACUCAUCCAAAGACACAGCAGAAGAUUAUGACAAUAAAAUAAUAAAUAAUAUGAAAUAGAUAAUUAAAAAGUUAAAUACAUCUCAGUAAGAUGAAGCUAUUCAAAUUAAAUAAAAUUCUGAUGAUAUUUAAGAAAAUUAAUCUCCUGAAAACAAUACUGGACUUAAAUAGGAAAACUCUAUAAGUAUUAAAUAAUUUGACAGACACAAAGCUAUUUUUAAUUUUUUGACGAAGAAAAAAUUACCGCAGUAAGAUAUUAAAACAGAGCCUUGCUAGCAUAGCCCAUUAGUUAAAUAAUAGUAAUAUUUCACGUUUAACAACCACAUACCUAAAAAUUAAGCUCAAAUUAAUUCAAAAAUCAUUGAGAAGUUGAAUAAUUUUUAAAAAUCUGUGUAAGAUAACUAAGCCUUUUUUUAAGACACAAGAGGUUUAAACAUCAAAAAACAAAAAUCUCCUACUGUUAAAUUUGGAUUAUCUUAAGAAGCUUAGAAAAAAAUAAAUGAAUAUCAAAUUAGAGCAAAGUAAUAAUUUAGAACUAUUAAAAUAUGA